UAGCCAUCUACUGUAAUACACAUACUCCGCGACGAGUGCGUGUCUAUAUGUAGUGUCUCUCCUCAAGAACAGUCCUUUGGUGCCUCGACAGCAACGCCGCUUAGAGUAUCUAAUUUGAGUCCCUGAUUUCCAUUCGGUUCGUUCAAUACCUGAUCGUCGCCUCUCUCGGCUUCUAAGACUCAUUUGCCUCGCCGUCGUCUGCUGCUGUUUCUCUGUUUUCUAGACAAGCCUUGAGAGACAAUUGGGACUUGAAUCUAUAAGGCUGCUGAUUUUUUUGUUUUAUUGACACGCCUUGAGAGUUAGGGCCCUGGAAGAUUAGCCUUAUCGAGUAGAGCUAAAGCACGCCGUCAGUGUCGUCGUCAUCUGCGGCUUCGUCGCUGUUUUACACAUAAGCGAAUUGAUACAAGACGUUUAUUGAUAUUUUCCGACGAACCGAGUCUCGCACUAUCGUCACCCAGCGUCACCCAGCGUCACCCAGCGUCACCCAGCUGCUGCUGCUGGUGUCGGUUCGAGCAGCAAUUCAGCCUGAAGACCAGCGCGGCCAGCAGGAUUUCAGUUGUUUGCAGCUGCCAGCCAUGGCAGCGUGGCAGACGCGGCUGAAAUAUACGCUUCAGAAGAGCUUCAUGUACAGCUACGUCCUCGUGCGCACACACCUAGAGCAGCACCCAGGGCAACUCCCACCCAUCCCCAAGCUAGUGCGAGCACUCAACCGGGUCCUGGAGCACGAGUCUUCGUACGUUACAGCCCUUUUGCCAUCAGCGCUAGGAGGCGAGUCCAUGAGGCCGACUAUAAGGGGGACGAAGGACGAGUGGGUGCUCUACCGGUAUCUGCUCCCGCCCCUUUGGCAUACGAUCUCUGUUGGUGAUGUUGUGGCGAUGAGAUGCAACCUCGCAAAUGUCUCUACCGCGAAUCCCGAAGAAGAAGAAGCACCUCCCGAAGCAAAGGCAGCACCCAAUCAGCUCCCCUUCGUUUUCCGGCGAGUGGCAGCCGUCGCUGGAGACGAGAUGGUGUCAUCUCAGCCGUCGGAUGAGCCACUUCGGAUAGAGAAGGAUCACUUUUGGCUGCUUGCCGACAACCCUGCUGUUCCUGCAAAGGAGGCUCUUGACAGCCGCACCAUUGGCCCCGUGCACAUAAAGGAUAUAGCGGGAAGGGCACUGUAUGUGAUGCGCUCUGCAGUGGAUCAUGAGCCCAUACAGAACAGUGAUCAAGCCACCAUAGAUGAUGCACCUACCAUGGCAAUGGAGUGUCAUAUAGAGCAGCUACUGGAGAGAAUAAAGGAAGAACAAUUAGGUUAAUGAAUGAUGUGCUCGUUUUUCUUUACCGACCUAUUGAUGGAGAUGUUAGACAAUUUUCUAGAAGGAAACUCAUCGUUCAUGCUUUGGUAUUGUCCACAUGGCUUCCUCACACACAGUUUGCCGGAGUUAUC